AUGCAACAAGCAAAAAUUCCUAAAGUUAUUAUCAUCGGUGCAGGCCCAGGGGGACUUGCCCUUUACAUCGAUGGCAAGGCCAUUCCAGAUCCACUUCCUGAUGUAGAAUUCCAUGGAAUCUCAAUCAUUAACCAUGCAGGAAAUCUUUUAUUAAGGCCACCAACUAAACAAGUUCAAAACUUACAAGAAAUUGUAAAGAUACCUGAUGAUCUUUCAAUUAUAAUUUCUUAUCAAACUAAAGAAGGUGUUUGGGUAACUUUUGAUGAUGGUUCGCAAGAAUUUUGCGACAUUUUAGUUGGCGCAGAUGAAAUUAAUUCUCCAGUACGAAAACAGCGAUUAUCCGAAUUGCAAAUUUUCGAUUAUGGAGUAACUCAUGUUAAUACAAAUGUUGCCGUGCCUAAGAACCUUAUGGACAGGAUCAUAAAGUUACAUGGAAAUAGUUUACUGCAAAAAUCUCUCGG